AUGUCUGUCUUUUCAUAUCUAUUUGUCCGUGAAUAUCUAUCUAUCUAUCUAUCUAUCUAUCUAUCUAUCUAUCUAUCACAGUUUAUUCAUAUCUAUCUAUCACAGUUUAUUCAUAUCUAUCUAUCUAUCUAUCUAUCUAUCUAUCUAUUUAUCUAUCUAUCUAUCUAUCACAGUUUAUUCAUAUCUAUCUAUCUAUCUAUCUAUCUAUCUAUCUAUCUAUCUAUCUAUAUUAAUCUGUUAAUUAAACACACACAUAUAAAUAACUUUUUCUUGUGCUCUUCAUUAUUAUUUUAUUUAUCACAGUGUGUUCGUAUCUAUCUAUCUAUCUAUCUAUCUAUCUAUGAGUUUUUUAUUUCUUCAUCUUCUUUCAUUUUUCUUUCUCCUUCCCAUUCCUCUUCUCCAACGCUUUGUCAUCUCUUUCGUUAUAUAAUCGUAUUCUUCUUCUUAUUAUUCAUUCUCAUUCCAUUUUCAUUCUCACCUUUUUUCUUUAUUUUUCAUUCUUUUAUUUUCGUCGCCCUCCUGCUCUUCCACAUCUUUUAUAUCAUUUACUGUUUCUCCUUCCUUAUUCCUACCUUCUUCAUCCUAACUCUUCUUCGUUCCUUCUCUUCUACUUUUAAUCUUUCUUCUCUUUUUCAUUCAAACCAUUUUUAUCUCUCCGUCUUCAUUCUUCUUUUCUUCAUUAUUUUCCUAUAUUUUUUUAUUAUACAUUUUCUCUUCUUCAUCUUCAUUCUUUACUCUUUCUUCAUUAUUCAUUCUUAUUCAUUCUCUUCAUUUCACUCCGUUUUUCUUAAUUUUUCUUCAUCUUCUGCCUCUUCGAAUUCAUCCUCAUUUACUCUUUUUCCAAUUUCAUUCAGUUUCUUUCUUCUAUUUCCAUUCUUCAUCAUCUAUCAUCAUUAUUCUUUUCUUUGCUCAGCCUCCAAUUUUUCUACAUUUUCCUCAUUUUUCUUUAUCCGUAUUCUUUGUAUUUUCUUCAUACUCAUUCUUCUAUUCUUCAUUCGUUUAAAUGUUUUCAUUCUUACAAUUUUCUUCUCCUUCAUUCUUUCCAUUUCUAAUUUUAUUUCCCUCCUUUACACUUGCCCCAUCCUUUUUCUUCAUUCCUUUAAAUUCUUCCCCAUUCUUCUUCAUCCUUUUCUCCUUUACCUUUUUCUUCUUCAUCCUUAUCUUCUUCAUUCUUCUUUUCUACAAUCUUCUUUUCUUCAACUUCAUUCUUUACUAACUUUUUUCAAUCUCAUUCUACUUUGUCCUAUUCUUCUUCACUGUUUUCUUCUUCAUCCUAAUUCUUCUGUUCUCAAACCUCAUUCCUUACUCCCUCUUUUCAACCUCAUCCUCCUUAACUCAUUUAUUUUUCACCCUUUUCUUCUUUCGUUUCUUCAACUAUUUCUUUUCCAUUCUGAUUCCUCUUCAUUUUUCUUUCCUUCAACCGCAUUCUUUACUAUCUUUUUCAAUCUCAUUCUUCUUCAUCAUUUUCUUCUUCACCCUUUUCUUCUUCAUCCUAAUUCUUCUUUUCUUCAACCUCAUUCUCUUUUUUCCAUCCUUCUCCAUCUACAUUAUCAUCCAAAUUCUCUUCUUCGUCCUUACCAUCUCCACGUUCAUUUUUCUCCUUUCUCUUCGUUCACCUCCUUUUAG